AUGGGCAGCGACUUCUACCUCCGCUAUUAUGUGGGCCACAAGGGAAAGUUCGGGCACGAGUUCCUGGAGUUCGAGUUCCGGCCGGACGGUAAACUUCGAUAUGCCAACAACAGUAACUACAAGAAUGAUGUUAUGAUCAGAAAAGAGGCUUAUGUACACAAGAGUGUGAUGGAGGAACUGAAACGAAUUAUAGAUGACAGUGAAAUCACAAAGGAAGAUGACGCACUGUGGCCCCCGCCUGACAGAGUUGGUCGACAGGAGCUGGAGAUUGUAAUAGGAGAUGAGCAUAUAUCCUUCACAACUUCCAAAAUCGGUUCCCUUAUAGAUGUGAACCAGUCCAAGGACCCCGAGGGAUUACGAGUUUUCUAUUACCUUGUUCAAGACUUAAAGUGUCUGGUCUUCAGCUUGAUUGGACUUCACUUUAAAAUUAAGCCUAUUUAG